AAAAAAAAGAAACUAAUGUUUAUAUAUGAGUCAAAUUAACACACACACACACACCCAUUCGCAUUAAGCGCUAUAGAUUAUCACCUGGCAUGAAGGAAUUCUGAUUGGUUAAAUGGAUGACAAGUUUUGUCUCCCCUAUCAUUCAAUCGUUUUUAUUGGCUUGCGUAAUCCCAUUCCAUGGCAGUGUAUAUGUCAUAGACCAAUUAAGAACUUUUUGUAUUCAAUGUUUCGAGUCCUAUAUUUUUUUCUCAUUCUUAUCUAUGGAAGUCUAUGAUAUGGAACAAAGUCUGAGUCAGAGCUUGUAAUUCAUUUAGAUUGGCAACUGUGAUGCAUGAUGUGCAAUCAAAGACCAAUAAAAACACAAUUUGAA